GAAGCAACCAUGUCUGACAAGAGCGACCUCAAAGCAGAGCUGGAGCGCAAGAAGCAGCGCUUGGCCCAGAUAAGAGAGGAGAAGAAACGGAAGGAGGAAGAGCGGAAAAGGAAAGAGGCAGAUAUGCAACAGAAGAAAGAACCUGUUCAAGAUGACUCUGAUCUGGAUCGCAAACGCCGAGAGACUGAAGCUUUGCUGCAAAGCAUUGGGAUAUCACCGGAGCCCCCUCUAGUGCAGCCGCUGCAUUUUUUAACAUGGGAUACCUGUUAUUUUCAUUAUUUAGUCCCAACCCCUAUGUCUCCCUCUUCGAAAUCAGCGAGCACGCCCAGUGAAGCUGGAAGCCAAGACUCGGGCGAUCUGGGGCCAUUAACAAGGACCCUGCAGUGGGACACAGACCCCUCAGUGCUCCAGCUGCAGUCAGACUCAGAACUUGGAAGAAGACUGCACAAGCUCGGCGUGUCAAAGGUCACCCAGGUGGAUUUCCUGCCAAGGGAAGUAGUAUCCUACUCCAAGGAGACACAGACUCCUCUUGCAACUCAUCAGUCCGAAGAGGAUGAGGAAGACGAGGAGAUGGUGGAACCUAAAAUUGGUCAUGAUUCUGAACUGGAAAAUCAAGAGAAAAACCAAGAAGUGAAAGAAGCCCCUCCAAGGGAGUUGACAGAAGAAGAAAAACAGCAGAUCCUGCAUUCAGAGGAAUUCCUCAUCUUCUUUGACCGAACAAUCCGAGUGAUUGAAAGAGCACUAGCUGAGGAUUCUGACAUCUUUUUUGACUACAGCGGCCGAGAGCUGGAGGAGAAAGAUGGGGAUGUGCAGGCUGGAGCCAACCUUUCUUUCAACCGCCAAUUCUAUGAUGAGCAUUGGUCUAAGCAUCGGGUGGUCACAUGUAUGGACUGGUCUCUCCAGUACCCUGAGCUGAUGGUUGCUUCUUACAACAACAAUGAAGAUGCUCCCCACGAACCAGAUGGUGUGGCCUUGGUGUGGAACAUGAAGUUCAAGAAAACCACACCAGAAUAUGUCUUCCACUGUCAGUCCUCAGUGAUGUCAGUCUGCUUUGCCCGUUUUCAUCCUAAUUUGGUGGUCGGUGGCACCUAUUCAGGCCAGAUUGUCCUCUGGGACAAUCGCAGUCAUCGAAGGACCCCUGUCCAGCGGACCCCCUUGUCAGCUGCUGCACAUACACAUCCUGUGUACUGUGUCAAUGUUGUUGGGACUCAGAAUGCUCACAACCUCAUCACUGUCUCUACGGAUGGAAAAAUGUGUUCUUGGAGCCUGGACAUGCUUUCAACGCCUCAGGAGAGCAUGGAGCUGGUGCACAAUAAGUCCAAGCCUGUUGCUGUUACGGGAAUGGCUUUCCCGACGGGAGACGUCAACAACUUCGUGGUUGGCAGUGAGGAAGGUACUGUCUACACAGCUUGUCGUCAUGGAAGCAAAGCAGGCAUUGGCGAGGUCUUCGAAGGUCACCAAGGGCCAGUGACGGGAAUUAACUGCCACAUGGCUGUGGGCCCCAUCGACUUUUCUCAUCUGUUUGUCACAUCCUCAUUUGACUGGACUGUCAAACUGUGGACCACAAAGCACAACAAGCCGCUCUACUCCUUUGAAGACAAUGCAGACUAUGUGUACGAUGUCAUGUGGUCCCCUGUGCAUCCCGCGCUCUUUGCCUGCGUGGACGGGAUGGGGCGCUUGGACCUCUGGAACCUCAACAGUGACACCGAGGUGCCAACAGCAAGUGUGGCCAUUGAGGGGGCGUCUGCCCUAAACCGUGUUCGUUGGGCACAAGGCGGCAAAGAAGUUGCUGUGGGAGACUCAGAAGGUCGCAUUUGGAUCUAUGAUGUUGGAGAGCUUGCGGUUCCCCACAAUGAUGAAUGGACGCGAUUUGCCAGGACCCUGGUGGAGAUCCGCGCCAACAGGGCUGACAGCGAGGAGGAAGGCACUGUUGAGUUAGCUGCCUAGAUGUGAGAUGAGCCUGCCCGAUGUGGCCCCCCAUCCUUCCAUGCUAAACUCAGAGUCUGUAGUCCAGGCUUCCGUGCUGUGUUUGGUGUCCUUUCUGU